AUGCAACAGUUCAUCAUGCAUCAGCAGGAAGUAUCGCAACGUCACUCGAACCUGUCCCAGGAUUACAGACCUCCGUUGGCACCUAACCCGGAGCAAAUUUUGGAGUCGCUGAGUACUAACAUCAACGAAUUUCGUUACGAUCCGGACACUUUGCCGAGGGAAAUUGUGUUCGAUGAUACUGUGCGGAAGUUAAAAAGUUUAUUUGGCACGGUGGAAUCGUUGAUCUGCCGUCGUUAUCGGUGUUUGCAAGUGACGAAGCAGCCUUCCGAAGAUUAUAAGGCGUAUGCUUGUCGCGUGAACCGUCUUUGCGUUGAAUUCGAGCUGGGAAAACUGAGCGAAGACGAGUUCAAGUGCUCGAUGUUCGUGUGUGGAUUGAAGUCGGAUAGUGAUGGGGAAAUCCGCACCCGCCUAUUGAGCCGAAUCGGAGACAACAGUCUCGUAAAGUUGGAGCAGAUUUCUGAUGAGUGCCAAAAAGUGAUGUCGAUCAAACACGACACUGCGAUGAUCGCCACCCAAUCAGUGUCAACAAAAGUGGUGAAUCGCAAACAAACGUUGAACAAGUGGCCGGAAAGGCAGAAGAAAAACAACCCAGAAGGAGAAAUGAGCAAAAAUUAUAAUAGACACCAAAAUAAAAACAAUAAAAGUGGGCCAUUUUCUCCUUGCUGGUGUUGUGGUGCCAUGCACUAUGCAAGGGAUUGCACGUACCGCAACCAUCGGUGCAAAGCAUGCGGUGGUUAUGGACACAAGGACGGCUACUGUGCAAGUGCUAAAAAGACAAACAGUGACAAAAGGAAACUGCCAUCGGCGGCCACAAAAUCAGUGCAAGUGAAAAGUGUCAAGCAGCAACGGAAAUACGUCACAGUGCAGAUUUUGGGAACACCAGUGAAGCUGCAGUUGGAUACGGCGUCGGAUAUCAGCGUGAUUUCGGAGAAAACUUGGGCGAAAAUCGGGAAGCCGACGACUUCACCGGCGUUAGUGAGAGCAUCCACAGCAUCAGGACAGCCUCUCAAACUCCAAGCUGAAUGCACUUGCGAUAUUGAAGUCAACGGGGUGCGUCGCAGUGCCAAGUUCUUCAUCGUCAAGCAGCCAUUGCAUCUUCUGGGAAUUGAUCUCAUCAAUCUGUUCGACCUGUGGUCAAUUCCCAUGAACCAGUUUUGCAAUCAACUGACAUCGUCCCGUGAUCUUGGGAAUGCCAUCAAGGCCGCAUUUCCGGAAGUUUUCUCGGACGUUCCUGGGCUGUGUACGAAGGCGAAGGUUAAGCUCACUCUCAGGGAUGGCCAGUCAGCUGUAUUCCGUCCGAAACGCCCUGUAGCUUACGCCAUGUACAGUACAGUGGACAAGGAGCUCGAUCGACUGGAACACGCCAAUAUCAUCACACCAGUCGAGUAUUCAGCAUGGGCCGCACCGAUCGUGGUGGUCCGUAAAGCAAGCGGUGCCAUCAGAAUCUGUGGAGAUUACUCUACGGGUUUGAACAACGCGCUUGAAGCCAAUCAGUACCCCUUGCCGCUUCCCCAGGACAUAUUUGCCAAGCUUUCAAACUGCACCAUCUUCAGCAAGCUGGAUUUAUCCGACGCAUUCCUGCAAGUCGAGGUAGACGAGUCUUCCCAAGAGUUAUUAACCAUCAACACUCAUCGGGGGCUAUAUCGCUACAAUCGACUAUCACCAGGAGUUAAAGCAGCACCUGGAGCAUUCCAGCAACUGGCCGGCCUCAAAAAUACUUUGGGGUAUUUGGACGACGUUUUGAUCGGCGGAGCGGAUGAGGAGGAGCAUAACCGCAAUUUGAAAGCAGCUCUUCAACGUUUUCAAGAGUACGGUUUCACCAUGAAGGCUGAAAAGUGUUCCUUCGGUUCACAACAGAUAAAGUAUCUGGGGCACCUCAUCGACAAACAUGGUUUGCGCCCAGAUCCGGCAAAAAUCGACGUCAUCCGCAACCUUCCGCCGCCGACAGAUGUGACGGGUGUUCGAUCCUUCCUAGGAGCCAUCAAUUACUAUGGCCGUUUUGUUCCUGCGAUGCGAACACUGCGUUAUCCACUGGAUGAGCUGCUCAAAGGCAAUAAACAGUUUAACUGGUCAGCCGAUUGCCAAAAAGCGUUCGAUCAGUUCAAAACUAUUCUGGCCUCCGAUCUUCUGUUGACACAAUACAGUCCAGAUUUGCCGAUCGUCGUUUCAGCAGACGCUUCAUCGGUAGGUGUCGGUGCUACAAUCAGCCAUAAGUUUCCGGACGGUUCAGUGAAGGUCAUCCAGCAUGCAUCCAGGGCUCUCACUGCAGCCGAACAAGCAUACGGGCAACCCGACCGUGAAGGUUUGGCGCUUGUUUUCGCCUGCACCAAGUUUCACAAAAUGUUGUACGGUAGAAGUUUCACCCUUCAAACAGACCAUGCUCCUCUGUUACGCAUCUUUGGAUCCAAGAAAGGCAUACCCACCUACACUGCCAACCGCUUGCAACGAUGGGCGUUGCAACUACUGCUGUACAACUUUCACAUCGAGUACAUCAGCACAGACAAGUUUGGAAACGCCGAUGUAUUAUCCCGAUUGAUCAACAACCACAUCAAGCCCGACGAAGAUUAUAUUAUUGCCAGUGUCAACUUAGAAGAAGAUUUGGGAUCCGUAGUAGCCAAUUUCGCUAGACAAAUCCCUCUGAAUUUCAAGGCGGUUCAGAAUGCUACUCAACCAGAUCCGGUCCUUGGAGAAGUCUUCCGUUUCAUCCUGAAUGGCUGGCCUAAGUCCCGAAAAUUGAUUCCCGAUCACGAGGUCCAACGCUUCUUCGGCCGCCAAGACUCUUUGUCUAUCGUCCAAGGGUGCGUUAUGUUUGCCGAGCGUAUUGCUAUACCGUCGAAAUUCUGUAACAAACGGCUCGCUAGCUGA